AUGCACAUACGACUGCAUUUAGUGCGCUUCAUGUACAUAAAUUUAAUACUAAGCUGCUGUUUCUGGCUAUACGACAAUGUGGCUGCAGCAGAUGCCGUCCCAAAGAGCGGUGAGGGUGGAGGUGGUGCAGAUGCAGAUGCAGCUGCAGCGGCGGCGGCGGCAAAAGCAAGCGCCCAGCAUCGACUUCAGCCUGAGGCGCCACCAAAGCCAGCCACAGUGACGCCGGAGCCACCCCCCGACAGAACAGUGAAAAAGGUGGCCGCCACGGCAGACACACAUCCAGAGGCGGCUGAUAGGGAGCCCCUGGUGGAGUCUGAUUAUGGCAAUGGGCCAAGAACUAGUGAAAAACCCACAAAAGAAAAGGGGGUGGCGGCGACCACCUCUGGCAGGAGGGACACGUCAGUGCAUGGUGGCAACGUUUUGGAGGCGGCGGCGGAAGCACCAGCGCCGUCGCAUAGUUUAGAGCCACCAAAUGAAAAGCAGCAACAGCAGCGGCCGAAGCAGAAAGAGCAGGCAAAAGAGAGGUAA